CUGUUUUCGAUCUUUCUCUGUUUUCCAUUUUUCUCUCAUUCUUUCUCUUCUUCCAUAACAUAUCAAUUCCUUUUUUAAAAAAAAUAAUAAACAACCGAAGUAACCACAGCCUGCGUGCGUUGACAUUCGAUCAAUGCCAGGAACUAUACAAGUUUCAGUUCUGGGUCUUAUUGAUGUUCAGACAGCUUCCUCAACCACUUCCAUUAAAGUUGCUAUGGGGAAGAUAGAGUAUCGAACUUCGGAUUCCGGAGACUACAUUUUUCCAGUCACAAGGCUCCAAGAAAACUUGAUUGUUACUUUGUUAGAUGUCAAUGGUUUCGGAAUAUUACAAAAAGAGAUAGAGACCAGGAUGAUAAUAGAGAGUGGCUUCUUGGAAGAGAAAGUUUCAUUCAGUGGCUAUGGAAAUGUCCAGCUGAAAAUGCAGUUUGUUCUUAGUGAAGAAGAUCGAAAUCGCAUACGUUUCUUGAGACAAUCUGCAUUGAGAAAGAAACACGAGGCGCUCACCAGUGGCAGUUCUUUUACCAAGUCUAAAAGCAUUGCUUCAGUUGAUGUUAUGAGAGAUCUGUCUUCUCUAAGUCCAAUGCAAACCCGAAACACUGUUGCUGCUACUCCAAAGACAACUCUUUCUCUGCCUCAGGAGACAGAGUCUAAAAUUAGUGCAAAUAGAGAACCAGUUUCUUCAAAUCUUAUAAUGGGGAAGCCUAAAGUAAAGGAUAUAACUGAAAAGACAGAGAAUCAACCAUCUUCUUCAGAUGCUUCUUCAAGCAAGAAGCUCAGGGAAGUUAAGAAACUCGAGAGUGCGUCCUUACUGAAGCAAGAAGAAAAAGGUUUGAGCAAACCGGAAAACAUCCCUAAGAGGAAGCCAAUGCGGCGGAGUUUGUCAGAGACAAACUUGAGCAACGUUAGGAAAAUGAUUAGCACCUUUGAGGUUAAAGUGACUCAGGAUACAAAACUUCAGACGGUGAAGAGUCAAACUGAGUCUUGUAAAGAUAUGAAUUCACAACCAGAAAACUCGGUGAAUAUAGAGAGAGCGGAAGAAAGGAAGAUAAUCUCUGAGGGUAUGGAGAAGAGAGUUUCUAGAGAUGCCUCAGAGACGUGUGAUGAUUUAGUAACAGUUUCAAGAGAGGAAAGGCCACUGGUUAUAGAGGAGAAGAGCCUUGAAGAGAGCACUAGAAGAAGUGACUCGUUAAGUAAGCAGAGGAUAAAGAGAAACUCUGUGGUGGAAGUAAGGAAUGAUGAGAAGAAACAGAGCAAACCUGUGCGUUUGAAGGAUUCUCAUCUUGAGAAUGCACGAGGAUCGCGUCUCUGGAUAUUUCCUGAUGAGGCAAAGGAUGUGUUACAGAAGAAGAUAGGAGAAUCCAAGAAGGAAAACACCGGUGAGAGGGGAUUGAGCUGCAGAAGCAUUGAGAAAAUGAAUAUCAACAACAAGUGGAAGAGCAUUGAGAGAUCGAAGAAACAGAAGCCUCAGACUUCAUCUGCAGAUUCAGAAAGUUCAAGAGGACCUGUUGGACAGGUGAUGCGUGCAUUGAUUGUGGUGGGUUUUGCAGGCUUGGUGUUUUUGACACGUAAAUGAACUUGAAUAAUGAAGCUUUCUGUAUUUUUUCUCCAUUUUCUUGUUAUGGAAGGAACUCAAAAUAGGUUCCUUGUGCUAUAGGCUUCACCCUUUUUUUCCUCUCUGUUGAUACAUUCUGCAGAUGAGCCAAACUUGCAUUUUGAGAUUGUAUUAUUUGAACAGUUCUUUAAAAACCAGACUGUAUAAGAUAUACUGUUAAAAAAAAGAUAAAAAAAGAUAUACUGUUGCACAUA